UGAAGACGUGCCUCCUCCAUCAGUGUCAUUACCAAAGCUGGCUGCGCUUCUCCGGGUAUUUAGUACUGUGGUGAGGAGCAUUGGGGAACGCCUCAGCCCAAUUCGGGUCCUCCAAUUACUGAGGCAUACGUAACAGAUAUUCUGUACAGAGUAAUGAGAUGUGUGACGGCUGCAAACCAGGUGUUUUUUUCUGAGGCUGUGUUGACAGCUGCUAAUGAGUGUGUUGGUGUUUUGCUCGGCAGCUUGGAUCCUAGCAUGACUAUACAUGGUGACAUGGUCAUUACAUAUGGAUUAGACCAACUGGAGAAUUGCCAGACUCGUGGUACCGAUUAUAUCAUCUCAGUCUUGAAUUUACUCAUGCUGAUUGUUGAACAGAUAAAUACAAAACUGCCAUCAUCAUUUGUAGAAAAACUGUUUAUACCAUCAUCUAAAGUACUAUUCUUGUGUUAUCAUAAAGAAAAAGAGGUUGUUGCUGUAGCCCAUGCUGUUUAUCAAGCAAUGCUCAGCUUGAAGAAUAUUCCUGUUUUGGAGACUGCCUAUAAGUUAAUAUUGGGAGAAAUGACUUGUGCCCUAAACGACCUCCUGCACAGUCUGCAACUUCCUGAGGCCUGUUCUGAAAUAAAACAUGAGGCUUUUAAGAAUCAUGUGUUCAAUGUAGACAAUGCAAAAUUUGUAGUUAAAUUUGACCUCAGUGCCCUGACUACAAUUGGAAAUGCCAAAAACUCACUAAUAGGGAUGUGGGCGCUAUCUCCAACUGUCUUUGCACUUCUGAGUAAGAAUCUGAUGAUUGUGCACAGUGACCUGGCUCUUCACUUCCCUGCCAUUCAGUAUGCUGUGCUCUACACAUUGUAUUCUCAUUGUACCAGGCAUGAUCACUUUAUCUCUAGUAGCCUCAGUUCUUCCUCUCCUUUGUUUGAUGGAGCUGUGAUUAGCACUGUAACUACGGCCACAAAGCAACAUUUCUCAAUUAUAUUAAAUCUUCUGGGAAUAUUACUUAAGAAAGAUAACCUUAACCAGGACACGAGGAAACUGUUAAUGACUUGGGCUUUGGAAGUAGCUGUUUUAAUGAAGAAGUCCGAAACAUAUGCACCUUUAUUCUGUCUUCCGUCUUUCCAUAAAUUUUGCAAAGGCCUUUUAGCCAACACUCUCGUUGAAGAUGUGAAUAUCUGUCUGCAGGCAUGCAGCAGUCUACACGCUCUGUCCUCUUCCUUGCCAGAUGAUCUUUUACAGAGAUGUGUUGAUGUUUGCCGUGUUCAACUAGUGCACCGUGGAACUCGUAUUCGACAAGCAUUUGGAAAACUGUUGAAAUCAAUUCCUUUAGAUGUUGUCCUAAGCAAUAACAAUCACAUAGAAAUUCAAGAAAUUUGCCGGGCGUGGUGGCUCAAGCCUGUAAUCCCAGCACUUUGGGAGGCCGAGGCGGGCGGAUCACAAGGAAGGACAGUUGGUUGGAAAGACUGUUCUAUAGCUGCCAGAGACUGGAUAAGCGUGACCAGUCAACAAUUCCACGCAAUCUCCUGAAGACAGAUGCUAUCCUUUGGCAGUGGGCCAUAUGGGAAGCUGCACAAUUCACUGUUCUUUCUAAGCUGAGAACUCCACUGGGCAGAGCUCAAGACACCUUCCAGACAAUUGAAGGUAUCAUUCGAAGUCUCGCAGCUCACACAUUAAACCCUGAUCAGGAUGUUAGUCAG